AUGAUGAAUCAUCAUCAUGAUGCACAUGGUGCAGCACGAUCACUAGCUGCUGUGGACGGGCAGUUCUAUCAUCAAGCGGGUCAACAGUUCUAUCCACCACAGCAGUUUGCACCACCACAGCAAUAUCCUUCACAAUGGCGACAGUUUGAUCAGCAACAAUCUUUCCAAUCUCAACCUCAGUUCCUACCUCAACAACCGAACUAUCAACAACAAGGACCAUUUAUGUUUCCACAACAGCAGCAACGGUUUCCACUGCCUCAAUUCCAACAACAAGUCCCACAACCACCGCAACAGUUCAUGACCCAAGAUCUCCAAGUUCCACAAUUCGUACAACAACCACAACAAUACCAGCUGCGAAACAUCUCUCCACCCCAACCUCAAUUUCAAUCUCAACCACAGGUCUUCCAACAACCUCCGCCACCACCGCAACCGCAACCAGUGCAGCAAGUCCAACAAGUCCAACAAGUCCAACAAGUGCAGCAGAUUCCUGCACCACAGAAACCCUACCAAGAAGGUCCACGAAUCUUUGAGCAGCAGUUUAGAGUGAGCAAACCAAUGUCGAACGAGCGGUUCCCACCACAGCCAAUCGAGCCCCAACUUUCCGUACAUCAAAGAAUUCGGGUGCCAUCUCCACCGGAAAGAUUCCAUCCGCAUCUUGCUGAUAUCUACUUCAAACCGUUGCCCGAUCGACCGCAUCCAACAAAGAAGCCCACGAUAAUUCUUGUAGGCGAGUCACUUCCUGAAGGAGCCUACGGAGCAGAGGAAAAGCUUGACGGACAUCAUCCUAGCUACAUUGAGAAUACCGCUAGGACCACUCCUGUUGAGUUCAGACGAGUGAUUCAAACCAAAGCAGUCAUUCAAAGGCCAACUAAUCGACGACCUGUCAUUCAAAGGCCGCAGCCGCAACUGCAACCGCAAGCAAGAAUCGGAACUACUCGAGCACCAGUGAUUGUCGCUAAACCUCAGCCCAUUGUCAUUCCAGCAAAAAGCGUUGUUAUUCCCGCAAGCACUGCUAAGAGCGCUAACGCAGUAUUCCUGAGCUGCUGCAAAGCGACAAAGGUGGCAAAGUCAUGCGAGCGAAUUUGCAAUUUCGAUAUUUUGAACAAGAAGACGUUGACGGGCAUGUUCCUCGGAACCGAUCCAUGUCCGCAAUCGUACGGUCUCGAUCUUCUGCAAUGUGCAGCGCAGUCCGAUGAUCACACAACUUGUUGCCGGGAACGCGGAGUCCAUACGACAACAGCUGGAGAGAAAUGCCUUGGUUUUUGCAAUAUGAAGCCGGGAGCUAACUUCCAGGCCGACGUAUCCAUGCUACCAUGUUGGGGAGUGUUGAACGAUAUCAAAUCCUGCUUCAAGGACAGUAUAGAAAGCAAACUUUAA